AUGGCUGCUAAACGCAGUUCGUCGUCUCCAUUAAAAACUGCAAGAAACGAUACUCAUGGAAAUUCUCUAAAGAAUUCAACAAAUUCCAGUUUUCGUAUACAAAGUGCACCGCCACUUUCACUACAGCACCAUGCCCGUUCAUUGGCUACUUUGCCCGGCAGCCAAAUAUGGCGGCCAUCUGGUGCCUUUCGUCAGCCUCAUUUUCAUGCAUAUCUUUCUCCUGAAAAGCGGCAACAACCCGAAGCACCUAGCGUUCAACCAUGGAUUCAUACAUACCGACGAAAAUACUCCAUACCUACUUAUACACUUGAAAAUUAUAAACAGACAAAACCCAAGCCAGUUGAACCUGUAUGGCAUCAUCCUGGCAAGUUCAAAGAAAGACCACCGACAUCACUUAGUCCAGAGAAAAUAGUGAAAAAAUCUGUUAAUGAACCUGUUUGGCGACCAGCUGGGAAAUCGGUCUAUAAGCCUGUGCCGUAUUUCGAUCCGCCUAAUCUACGAUGGUCAAUUCAAGAUCUUCGCAAAUCUCUAGGUGAUCUAUCCACAAAAACUAUGAACACAUCUAGAAGUACAUCAGUCAAUAAAAGCUAA